AAGAGGCGUAGAUGAAUUUUUCCUAUAAUAGCCCAUGCUGACAAUCUCCGAGUCUCCGAGCACGCUUUAUUCUGUCUUCAACAAGAACACACCCCUCUCUAUGUGCUCAGAAUUCUGAUACAGAAUCGUAACCCUAAGCCCUAGAAAAUGUUCACGCAAUUCGGAGCCACAGCAGAGACACUGAGUAAAGCAUCGACGAUUGUGUUUCGGAUCGGCACGGAUGCUCACCUUUACGACGAUCCCGACGUCGUCAGCAUUGCACCACUUCUCGACAGCAAAUUCGAUUCCGAGAUUUGCGAAGCUCUCAAGCGAUUGCUCGCUCUCAUCGCUCAGGGCUUCGAUGUCUCCAAUUUCUUCCCUCAGGUGGUUAAAAAUGUGGCAUCACAGUCACUGGAAGUGAAGAAGCUGGUUUAUCUGUACCUACUGCAUUAUGCUGAAAAGCGUCCAAAUGAAGCGUUGCUAUCAAUAAAUUAUUUCCAGAAGGAUUUAGGGGAUUUCAAUCCAUUGGUGCGGGCGUGGGCAUUACGUACUAUGGCAGGAAUCCGUCUACAUGUAAUUGCACCUCUUGUUCUUCUGGCGGUGGGAAAAUGUGCUAGAGAUCCGUCUGUAUAUGUUAGAAAGUGUGCUGCCAAUGCUCUUCCCAAGUUGCAUGAUUUGCGCCUAGAGGAAAGUACCACAACGAUUGAAGAGACUAUUGGAGUAUUGUUGAGUGACAAGUCUCCUGGAGUAGUUGGAGCUGCUGCUGCUGCAUUUGCUUCUGUUUGUCCAAACAACUUGUCUCUUAUUGGAAGAAAUUAUAAAAGGUUAUGCGAGACUCUCCCUGAUGUGGAAGAGUGGGGUCAGAUUAUCUUGAUUGGGAUCCUUUUACGCUAUGUAAUUGCCAGGCAUGGGCUUGUAAAAGAAUCCAUUAUGUUAUCUUCUUGGUCUAGUGAGAGCUAUAAUUUUGAAAACGAAGGUUCAGAUACUAGUUUUGCUAGAAAAGAAAACGCUGAUGACCCGGAUAAUGGGAUAUAUGAUUCUGAGUUAGCCAGUAUGAUAUCCAGUAGCUACCUGGAAGGACCAGAUAAAUAUUUAUCAAGGUCAAGCUAUGCAGAAAGGGUUACAUCUGGAAUGGAUUCUUCAUGUUAUACAUCUGCUAAAAGUAACGAUGAUGUGAAGAUCCUCCUGCAGUGUACUUCACCAUUGUUAUGGAGUCACAAUAGUGCAGUUGUACUUGCGGCUGCUGGGGUACAUUGGAUAAUGGCACCAAAGGAGGACAUUAAUAAAAUUGUUAAGCCGCUCUUGUUUCUCCUGAGAUCAUCUAAUUCCUCAAAAUAUGUGGUCCUCUGCAACAUUCAAGUUUUCACUAAAGCAGCACCUUCUCUCUUUUCUACUCACUUUGAAGAAUUCUUUAUAAGUUCUUCAGAUCCAUAUCGAAUAAAAGCUCUAAAACUUGAGAUACUAUCUUCCAUUGCAACAGAUUCAUCUAUAUCUGCUAUUUUUCAAGAGUUUCAGGAUUAUAUUCGAGAUCCAGACAGAAGAUUUGCUGCAGAUACUGUUGCUGCAAUUAGUUUAUGCGUGCAACGUCUUCCAACAGUAGCAACCAAAUGUUUGGAAGGGUUAUUGACUCUAAUCUCACCCCAAUCUUCAAUGAGUGAUGUUGCAUCUGCGGAUGGCGAGGCAGUGGUUUUAAUUCAAGCAACAAUAACCAUCAAGGCUAUUAUAAAAUUAGAUCCACCCAGUCAUGAGAAGGUAAUUAUUCAUUUGGUUCGAAGUUUAGAUUCAAUCAAGGUUCCUGCUGCUCGUUCAGUGAUCAUUUGGAUGGUGGGUGAGUACAACUCCAUUGGGUCCAUUAUUCCAAAGAUUUUGUCCCCCGUGCUUAAGUAUCUGGCGUGGUGCUUUACUUCGGAAGCACUUGAGUCAAAACUCCAGAUUCUUAAUGCUACUGUCAAGGUUCUGUUAUGUGCGAAAGGGGAAGAUCUGUGCACAUUCAAAAGAAUAUUAAGCUAUGUCCUUGAGCUUGCCAAAUGUGACUCAAACUAUGAUAUUCGUGAUCGGGCUCGUGUUCUAAGGAAACUCCUGUCGUGUUAUAUUGAUUCUCAUGGUCUGGAGGAAGAAGGAAAAUAUCCAGCAGAAAAUAAGGACCUGCCACAAACACUUGUAGAACUCAUAUUUGGGCAACAAAGAAAUCUAUCGUCACCCGAACCCAUUAACUAUCAUUUUUAUCUUCCUGGAUCUCUUUCACAAAUAGUUCUUCAUGCAGCUCCGGGGUAUGAACCUCUUCCAGAGCCUUAUAGUUUGAGGGAAAUAUCUGCAGAGGGAGCUACUCAUAGCAAAUCAUAUGAGCUAUAUGAUCCAGACGAGGUAUCUGGAUCUUUAAAUGAAGAAAGCUCUUCUGAUUAUAGUUCUCAAGGGUCAGGUACUGGUUCUACUGGUAGUGGUGACAGUGAUGAAAGUGGGUCUGCAAGUGAAGGAGAUGACAACGGAGGCCCGUUGAUUCGUUUUGAUGUCGAUAAUUCUCAUCAAAAUCAGAGUGGAGGCUCAGAGGAGAAUAAUGCUUAUUCUAGUUCUAAAGAUUUGGGAGAAUUGAUGUCCAGGAGAGCUUUUGAAUCAUGGCUGGAUGAGAAUCCUGACUCGAGCCAGAAUUCAUCUGAAUUAGGUUACGUUCAGAGAUCGUUGGCAAGAAUCUCCGUUGGGGAUAUUGGUGGCAAAGUUAAACCUAAAUUCUAUAAUCUCUUGGAUCGUGCAAACGGAAAUGGGUUGAGUGUGGAUUAUACAUUUUCAUCUGACACAUCAACCAUAUCCCCCCUGCAUGUAUGUGUAGAAGUUUCCUUCUGGAACUGUUCUACUGAGCCUAUGUCAAAAUUACAAUUGGUCUCAGAGGAAUCUAACAGCAACACUGAUUUUUCAGACCAAGCAUUGGAAACAAGUGGAAGUCCAAUGGCAUCUAAUAAUGAUGUGCCAACUGUAAUUCCUAUGGAAGAGAUUGCUACCUUGGAACCUGGGGAGACUACAAAGCGAAUCCUCCAGGUUCGUUUCCAUCAUCAUCUAUUGCCCCUGAUGCUGGUCUUACAAUGGAAUGGCAAGAAGCACCUUGUUAAGUUACGGCCUGACAUUGGAUAUUUUGUAAAACCUCUUCCAAUGGACAUUAAAGUGUUCUUGAAAACGGAAUCUCAACUCCCGGGGAUGUUUGAAUACAUGAGGAGGUGUAACUUCACUGAUCACAUGGGAGAGAUAACUGAUGACAAGGGUGAUAGCUCACUACUUAAAGACAGGUUUCUUGUAAUUUGUGAGAGCCUAGCGUUGAAGAUGCUCAGUAACACAAACCUUUUUCUUGUAUCUGUGGACAUGCCUGUGGCUGCCAACCUUGAUGAUGCAUCGGGUUUGUGUUUACGAUUCAGUGGUGAGAUCCUGAGCAACUCAAUGCCAUGCUUAAUCACUGUUACCCUUGAAGGUAAAUGCUCUGAACCACUGACUGUGUCCGUGAAACUCAACUGUGAAGAAACUGUAUUUGGCUUGAAUCUGUUGAACAGGGUUGUGAAUUUCUUAGCUGAGUCCCCUCGGUAAUGGAUAUUAUGUUAAUUACGAACUUCGAAAAUGGACCGUAAUUUUACAUUUUGAAUAUUGAGCAUACACAUAUAUUGUAAUAUAACUUUUUGUUGUUGUGACGAAAGUUUUUUCCAAUUUAAAAACCAUAGCUGAGGCUGAUUAGCUGCAUAAGAGGGAUUAUGGAUCAUGUUAAGCCAAACUUAAUGGGUUCUUUGUAUUUAAAAUUUAAUAUGCUUUUCUAACGGUUUUCAGAAUAAAUGUUUGUG